AUGGUGGUCGGCUCAGCACCCGCGGCCCCGGGCCCCUGGUCGGGUGGCUGCAGGCCCCAGAAAAAACGUCCGAAGUACCCACGUGAAGCUACCCUCUCCCCAUCUACGCAGCCCAAACUGCAGUCUCCCGAGUUUUCGAGUAAGGAUCUAAUUCUAGAGCUCCAGAGCCGCGCACCCUGGAGCAGGAGCCUAAUUCCAACUCGGUACCGCGGCGGGGAGUGGAUUGAGAUCCACACCUCUCUCCGUGGCCCGCCUCUGUGUCCACCUUGCCCUCCUUCUCCACCCUGGGAGCUAGAGAUGGGAUGCCUCCAUAGAGUCCCUCAGGUGCUGCGGCCUUUGAUCCACGUCCGCAUCUCCGUGAGGAGUCUACCCGAACCGCAGAAAUUGCACUCUCGAGGAUCCCCCGGGGAAGCGGAAUCCCCGGGGUGGAGACUAGCUGCUUGGAUCCCACUCUGCCCUCUUCGUUGCCCGGGGCCCUACGGUGUCCCUCAAACCUUCACGCUGCUGGUCCCCGGAAGCUGGCCAUCCAGAAAGCAGCAAGUUUCCACUAGGGAUCUCAGCCCAGAGGCUGCCACUGCUAACCAGUUUGUCCAGCCAGGGAGGACCAGAGGGUCUGUAAGUGAAGACAGCACCUCCUUCUCUCCCCCCAUAAAUAUAGGAAGGAACAGAAUGAAAGGGGAACCCGAGGAAGACAUUCUCUCUGCCCCAUACCAGAGCCAGACAUGCCAAGGUCAGACAGAUGUGGGGGGUGCUGGGACCACCCCAUCCCUUACCCCCAGCCUGGAUGAACACCAGGGCCAGAGUAACCAGGUUUAUCAGCCUUUUAAGGAGUACCUUUCCAGGACAGAAGCUUCCGACUCUCAUUGUACUGCUAGCUGGAUGUACUCUACAAAACCAGUCUCUGCUUUGCCCACCCUGCUGGCCUGCCCAGAGCCCCUUAACCUCUACACCUGCAACCCGAGGCCCAACCCCCUGGGUACUGCCCUGGGAGGCCCGACUCUGAUGCCUCCUCUUCCCCUAGAACACAAGACCUCAAGGCCAAUUCUGGUCUCCACUGAUGACCCUAAACUCACAACCACAUGCCUUCUGGGCAAGAAGAAGGCAGAGAGUGAACAAAGGAGCCCUGCCCCUCCCGUGUCACAUCCCAGCCCAGCUCCCAUUCCCCUCAACAUGAAGUUCCCAUUGAGGCCCCGCCCUUUAUGUCCUGCCUGCCCCCUUCUCUUGCCUAGUAAGCCAUUAUCCUCACUGGAGAUGUGCCCCUUCGCCUAUGGUCCCCCCUACCCUGAUCUCUUUCUCCCAUCCCUGGCCACCCCCUAUCCUGGAAGAGCUGGCCAGCUGGUGCUCCCUGAUGGACCAUACUCCCUUGGUGCUCACUCCGCUCUGCACCUCGGGCCUCGGCCGACCCUCUCUUCACCCUUACCUGACCGGCUGUGGCCCACAACUGAGGCCAGGGAUGAGAGCUCUUCACCUUCCCAGUGCUGCUCAACAGGGCUGGACUCGGAGGCUGCUGCAAGCAAAGCUGGCAGGAUCCUCCCCUCAGGCACCGCGGUCCUGCCCUAUCCACUGAAGACAGAGAAUGGCACCGUCUUGUACAAGUGUAAUACCUGUGCCAAGGGUUUCAGGCAGCUCUCCAAUCUCAAGGUCCACUUUCGAGUCCAUAGCGGAGAACGCCCCUUUCAAUGUCCUAUUUGUAAGAAGAGCUUCAUCCAGCUAGCCCACCUGCAGAAACACCAGCUGGUCCAUUCAGGGGAGAGGCCUUACCAGUGCUCGGUUUGCCACAGAUGUUUCAGCAGCACCAGCAGCCUCCAGACUCACCUGCGGCUGCACUCAGCGGCCCGGCCUUUCCUUUACACACCAUGCCCCAGACAUGGAGACCAGUCCAUUGGGCACUAGGGUCCCGACCUUCGAGUAGCUAGCAGCGUAGUAGAGGGGAUCUUGUGCACGAACUGCUAUAACACAAGUCAGAACGAGAAGAGUGUGCAGAAUUCAGAGAGGACCGAUGGGGCAGAAGGGGGCGAAGGAACAUCAGAUACAGCUGGGAUCUUGGGAUUUUUAAAAGGUCAGAAGCCCAUAUUAGAGCUUGCCUUUAGAAGCAGACCCUGGGAAAGUCCCGGCAACCCGCUGGAAGAGCUGGUAGAAGGAUCCAAGAGUUUAUAA